AGGUUUUCACUAGGAAUUAGGAAGAUAUCCCAAUAUAGUUCUGACAAUCGUUUUGAAUUAAGCACUCCAGCCAAUAUGCAGGAUGAGAGGUAUGAGUGCUUUCCUUUGGAGCCUCCUAACUGCCCGUUGCAGCUCUUCCCUCCAGCCUGCAACUUUGCAAAUUUUACAGGCUUGCAGCACCUGCUGCCAAAUGUUGUUAGACUAAUCACAUGUAAGAAACAAGUGAUCUCCAGUUCCCAGCUCAUGUUGGCAAAAAAAGACAAUUCCCAUUGAUGGACAUCCCGCCAAGAAAGCAGCCUAUUUUCAGUAGGAAGUCUCUUUAUGCCUGAACUUAUUCCAGACAGAGGCUGCAGAUUGAAAAUGCCCUUCGGAGUUGUAUGUGAUAGCAGUAUCAGUAAACUGUAAACGGAAAGGGGUUCUCCUGAGGUCUCUGGUUUAUGCAUAUUCUUCAAUCUUCGCCAUUGUUGUUUUGGUUGCAAUAUUUGUUAAGGCAAAAAGCAAUUUGGAUGACCGAUGGGCUAAGCCUACUUAGCGGGGCUAUGUAGGCCCAGUAAACCGUCAGCCUGAUUAGCACAGCACUUUCUCUUCUACAAUCCAACCGAAAAGGCAAAAACCCUUAACCCCUCGUUGCUAGUAGCAGCAAACUCAAUUAAGUUUAUGGGUGUCAGCACCGAUAACAUCCAAGUGCGCUUUGUAAACCAUGCCUUCUUGCAGAUUUUAUACAACAUGUCGAAUGAAUUUGCUCUCUCAACUCUCUAGGCUUUACUCUUGAACUAACAGUAACAUGUUUGGUUGAGGAACCUUUGUUUUUUUCUUCUUUGUUACCUAAGGAAGCAAAUUCUACAUUGAUUUUCAUUCAACAAACGUAAUUGAAACUGGGUUUGCACAAAAGUCCAACCUUUUCUUGUUCAGCAACAGCAGGUGACGAGUAACCAACUAAAGUAGGAAUGGAUGAUGAAAAGAAAGCUCAUCUCUUGAGCUUUCUCAAAGUUAUUCCUCCGGUAGACUUCUGCUGUGUCUACGGCUCAGCACUCCAUUCAACCAACCAUGACAAGUCAACCAUGGUAGAUUUCAUACUCGGCGUGUCUGAUCCCCUGCAAUGGCAUUCUGAGAAUCUAAAAAUGAAUGCAGAACAUUACGCGUCAUGGAUGGUGUUUCUUGGUGGGGCAAAACUGAUUACUGAAGUUGCAGACGAUAUAGGAGUAGGAGUACACUUUAACCCGUUUGUUACUUGGAAAAACAAGAUGUUGAAAUAUGGAGUUGUUCGAAUGCAUGACUUGGUUCAGGACAUAUUAAACUGGGAGAGGUUCUACUUGAGUGGUCGUUUACAAAAACCGGUAAAUAUGCUCAUGGAUAAUUUGGACAUUGAAAAUGUAAACUCUGUUAAUUUGCGAGCUGCAGUGUCUGCUGCUCUGCUCCUCUUGCCACCCAAAUUCACAGAGGAAGACCUUUAUGCCAAAAUAUGUAGCCUGUCAUAUAUGGGUGACUUGCGUAUGCUUUUUGCAGAAGACCGAAAUAAGGUGAAGAAGAUUGUACAAGGGCAGUUUGAUUUAUUCCAGUCCAUGUAUAAGCCAUUUCUUGAAGAGUAUGAAGGCAAAGGCUUCUUGAGAUUCUCAUCAUCUGAAAAUCACCAUGCACAUAUAUCUCAGGAUUGUGGCUUAACAGUAGCUCGCUCACAUGUGUCUUCUCUUCCUCCAACUAUUAGAAGUCAAAUGUGGAUAAAGCUAGGAACGAAGAAAGUAAUUAGUGAAUCUGGUCAGGUGUUGCAUGAAGUUGUUAUUGGGUCAAGAGAAGAGGCUGCAAAAUGCAUGCAGAAGGUUUUGAGGCGAACAGUCAUGGUUUCAAGUGCAAGGCAAGCACUAUCUGGUCUACUGACUGUUGGUGGUAUUAAAGCUGCUAGAUAUGUCACCAAUAAAAUGGAGAAGGCUUGGAGAUCAUGGACAUGAUACCUUGCAUUUAAAUUAGAAGCCAAGGCGAGCUUCGUAUUUGGGACAGGCCGGCAACUGUUUAUUUUGUGAUUACUGUUAAAACGAGGAUGCCAUGCUGUCUUUCUCAGACUUAUUAUUAUUAUUCUCCUUUUUCAGUCCCUCUGGCGAAUAAACUCGUCAUUCAGAGGGCAAAAGAAGUCCCUCUGUUGAAAGGCUAAUAGGGAUAGAGAUGUUGGAAAUUACUGCAAAUAAAUCCAAGCUGCUAUUAUGAGCAAAAAUACUACAAGAUUUCUGCUCACGGUGUCUACUGAGACGCAAAAAGGAAUCCAAGCGCUCAAUAUUUCAUCCAAGGUGUCUUUGAUUAUUUGAGUAAUGAUCCAAUCAGCUUCUACGUUAUUGUCAGACCUGGAUGCAAUAACCUUAUCAGCAUCCUGUUUGCGGUCAGAAAAAUGGAUAUCUACAAGAUGACAGAAAAUGUGUGGAACUGGGAUGAGGGAUGUGGUCCAUGAUAUUUUCUGGCAUUUGAAAAAGCAGGCUGUCUUGACAUUAACGGCUUUGUUCCAUAGCCAAAACACAAGCAAGCGCAACAAAUUUCCAAGUCAAUUAUUGAGUGGUUGCCUGUUUUUAACAACUGUAGUACAAGGGUUCAUUUCAGUUUGACAUGUCAAAGCAGUUCCAUGUAAUGCAACUAUUUCUUGGGAAACUCUUAUUUGUUUUGCAAAAUUAUUACGCCAAGAGCAUGACUUUGGUUUUGAAUUU